AUGACGGAGGUCAGGGGCUCUAGCCCGCCCGCACACAGCGCUGCCCUGGCGGAUGUAAAGGGGAAGGGACAGGGAUGGCUCGUGGACCAGCCAGGACAGUCCAAAUUCCCAAAUGGCCCCGCCGGGAAGAAGGAUGGGAAGGAAGUGUUGGAGAACUCGGGCCUUGUGAAGCUGGGGAUUCACUGUGUCACAUGCCAAAAGGUCGCCAUCAAAAUCGUCAACCGGGAGAAGCUCAGCGAGUCUGUGCUGAUGAAGGUGGAGCGGGAGAUAGCCAUCCUGAAGCUCAUAGAGCACCCACACGUCCUAAAGCUCCACGACGUUUAUGAAAAUAAAAAAUAUUUAUACCUGGUGCUAGAGCAUGUGUCCGGCGGGGAGCUCUUCGACUACCUUGUGAAAAAGGGAAGGCUGACCCCCAAAGAGGCCCGCAAGUUCUUCCGGCAGAUCAUCUCAGCGCUGGACUUCUGCCACAGUCACUCCAUAUGCCACAGGGACCUGAAACCAGAAAACCUCCUCCUGGACGAGAAGAAUAACAUCCGCAUCGCCGACUUCGGCAUGGCGUCGCUGCAGGUUGGCGACAGCCUGCUGGAGACCAGCUGCGGGUCCCCCCACUACGCCUGCCCCGAGGUGAUCCGGGGUGAGAAGUAUGACGGCCGGAAGGCGGACGUGUGGAGCUGCGGCGUGAUCCUGUUCGCUCUGUUGGUGGGGGCGCUGCCCUUCGACGACGACAACCUGCGGCAGCUGCUGGAGAAGGUCAAGCGCGGCGUCUUCCACAUGCCCCACUUCAUCCCACCAGACUGCCAGAGCCUGCUGCGCGGCAUGAUCGAAGUGGACGCGGCGCGGCGCCUCACGGUGCGUCGGGGGGCCGCACUGCACCUUGCCCAGCCAUGUCCGGCCCCCACCAGGAAGCCCCCUCCUCCAUCCCCUGGGCAAAGCUGCGCCCAUCUGCGGUGGGCCCGCCUCCCUUGCCCCCUUCUUCCUUCCUUGCUGCCUUACAUCACCAUCCCCCAGUCCAGCCCUUUCCCGGCCGCUCUGCAGCCUCCCAAGUGCGCCCCACCUGGUGACAAGUGCAACUGUCUCCAGCGCCUCCUCCUGGGCACCUUCCUCAGGGAAAAGGACUUCUGGGCCUGCGGCGGGCUGGGGCCUGGAUAUUCGUCCCAGGCUAAGGGCUCCCUGUGGGCUGGCCUUUCCGGGAUAGAGAACCAGGAAAAGAUGAUCUACUUCCUUCUCCUGGACCGGAAGGAGCGGUACCCAAGCCACGAGGAUGAGGACCUGCCCCCCAGGAACGAGAUAGACCCCCCCCGGAAGCGUGUGGACUCCCCCAUGUUGAACCGGCAUGGCAAGCGGCGGCCGGAGCGGAAGUCCAUGGAGGUGCUCAGCGUGACGGACGGCGGCUCCCCGGUGCCCGCUCGAAGAGCCAUCGAGAUGGCCCAGCACGGUCAGAGGUCUCGGUCCAUCAGCGGUGCGUCCUCCGGUCUCUCCACAAGCCCGCUCAGCAGCCCCAGGGUGACCCCUCACCCCUCUCCGAGGGGCAGUCCCCUCCCCACCCCCAAGGGGACGCCCGUCCACACGCCAAAGGAGAGCCCGGCGGGCACGCCCACCCCCACGCCGCCGUCCAGCCCCAGCGUCGGGGGCGUGCCCUGGAGGACGCGGCUCAACUCCAUCAAGAACAGCUUCCUGGGCUCUCCGCGCUUCCACCGCCGGAAACUGCAAGUCCCGACGCCAGAGGAGAUGUCUAACCUGACCCCGGAGUCGUCCCCGGAGCUGGCCAAGAAAUCCUGGUUCGGGAACUUCAUCAACCUGGAGAAGGAGGAACAGAUCUUCGUGGUCAUCAAGGACAAGCCGCUGAGCUCCAUCAAGGCCGACAUUGUGCACGCCUUCCUCUCUAUCCCCAGCCUCAGCCACAGCGUCAUCUCCCAGACGAGCUUUCGGGCCGAGUACAAGUCAACGGGGGGCCCGGCCGUGUUCCAGAAGCCGGUCAAGUUCCAGGUGGACAUCACAUACACGGAGGGUGGGGGGACCCAGAAGGAGAACGGCAUCUACUCCGUCACCUUUACGCUCUUGUCAGGCCCCAGCCGGCGCUUCAAGAGGGUGGUGGAGACCAUCCAGGCCCAGCUGCUAAGCACGCACGACCAGCCGUCCGUCCAGCAAUUGUCAGACAACACACACUGUAUGGAAAAGCUGAAGGGGAGGCUUUCUAAGUGUGACGAGGAGAACGGGCAGGCGGCCCAGGCCCCCAGCACACCCACCAAGCGCAGUGCCCCCGGCCCGCUUGGUGACUCGGCGGCCGCUGGCCCCGGCCCCGCAGGAGACUCCAAGCACCCGCCACCCUCUGCUCCGCGCCGGACACUUGGGACGGAAGGCAGCCGCUGCGGACCCGCCCUCCCUCCCCUCCUGCCGCUGCCCGCCGGGUGGCGAGGCCCCGGCCCGUCCUGCUGCCCGCCACCCGCCUCCCGGCUCCGCUUGACUCGCGUGGGGGCCCGGCUCCGGGACACCUCCAUCCUCCGGCCCCGAGUCAGACUCCCGGCAGGACUGACCGCCAGGCCACCCUCCAGGCGGGGGACCCGCGGUGCCGAAGCAGCAGAGACAGACCCUGCCCGCCUCCGCGCCCUGCCGGAGCUGCCUGGCCUCCGCCUUCGCCGCCCCUUCAUCCCGGCGUGCGCCGGUGCCGCCCGCCCCAUCUGGUCUGCGCCCCAUCCUCCGGCUGCCUCGCUCUGGGGUCUGGAGGUGGCACCUGGCUUUGAUGAUCUUCAUGGCGAAGGUGGAAAGAGACACCCUGAGGCACCAGCGCAGGAAGAGGGUGGCUGCCUGCCCGCCAGGACCCCGCCAGCCGGACCCCCGCCAGCCGGACCCCCGCCCGUCAGCCGGGGCCAUAUCCUCCGGGCGGCCGUGCUGCAGGCGGGCUCCACCAGUAUUGCUCACUCUCGAUAA